AAACUAAUAAUUCUGAAAAAGUUUCAUCUUAAAUUUAACACGUUAAAUUAUUCUUAACGACCCUCACAUUAAAAAAGUAAAUUCAUCCCGUAAAUUUUUCAAAAAAAUUUACGACGGUAAAUUUACGACGUUAAAUUUCCCCCGUAGUUUCGAGGAGUUCGAUGCAUCGGUUUUGAAUUAAUGUGAACAAUAUCGCGUUAUUUUCUGCACCACGGUUUCCGUCUUCUCUCGCUCUUUUCCUCUCCAUCUUUGCUACCCGCUAUCUCGUUCACUCUUGUUCCCUCUCUCCCUCUUAGACUCUUUCCCCGCCAAUCCUCUUUUCCCGCCAGAAGAUGCCUUCAGAGGCGUUCUCCCUCUGCAAUUCGCGCUUCCCCUUGAACAUGGCUGCACAUCGAAGGCCCAAACGGCGAAGAUCUCCGACCGCCCUCUCCUGCUCCGGCGUGGAGGGUCCUACCCAGGAGGGACCCUCCACCGUGAAGUUUAGGAAACGGUGGACCAACCACGAGAGAAGGCGAAUCAAGCACUCGUCGCCGCAGGCUCGCCGAUGGGUCACGAACGACGAUUUAAUAUCCUCGGCUUCCGAAGACAGGUUUUUGAUGGUGUCACACAACAUCCUUGGAGAUGAUAACGCUGUCAAACAUCGUGAUCUCUAUCCAAAUAUUCCUUCCUCUUUUCUGAAAUGGAACAGGCGCUUGCAUCUUAUAUGUGAGGAGCUUAGGUUGUGGCAACCUGACAUAGUGUGUCUACAGGAGGUGGACAGAUUUCAUGAUCUCAUGAAUACUCUAAAUAGUGGUGGUUAUGUUGGUAGCUACAAGAGGCGCACGGGAGAGGCUAUGGAUGGCUGUGCCAUGCUGUGGAAAGAGAAUGUGUUCCGCGUGCUGGAGGAGGAGAGCAUUGAAUUCAGAGGGUUUGAUCUUCGUGACAAUGUUGCUCAACUUUUUGUGUUUGAGAUGAAGAAAGCUAAAACAAGAAGGUUGGUGGUUGGUAAUAUCCAUGUUCUUUUCAACCCAAAUCGAGGAGACAUCAAACUAGGACAAAUCCGGAUGCUGUUGCAGAAAGCACAUGCUCUCUCUCAGAAGUGGGGCGGCGUGCCAGUGGUGCUUGCUGGGGAUUUUAACAGCACACCACAGAGUGCAAUUUAUGAGUUUUUGGCAUUGUCUAAGAUAAACAUUACUGCAUAUGAUAGGCGGUGUCUUUCAGGCCAGAUUGGUGCUGGGCCAAUAAGGAGACCAUAUGUCAGGAUUGACAGGUUUCCAAAGUAUGAUUGGACUGAGGAAGAGUUGACAAUUGCAUCAGGAAAUUCAAAGUGUCGAAUCCUGGAAAAUCCAUUGAAGCUCUGUAGCUGUUAUGCCAAUGUGCAGGGCAUGAGAACAAGGGGCGCUCAUGGUGAACCUCUAGCCACCAGCUACCACUCCAAGUUUCUUGGAACUGUUGACUAUCUUUGGUACUCUGAUGGUCUUGUCCCAACGAGAGUUCUUGAUACGUUGCCUAUUGACCUUUUACAACAGACUGGGGGUCUGCCAAGUGAGAAAAUUGGGAGUGAUCAUCUCGCCUUGGUGUCAGAGUUUGCAUUUGCACAGGAUCUGCUGAGCCGAAAUUGUAAGCCUGUGUUGACAAAAACAUCAGGAACAGUGGAGGAUAAAUGGAUACUGUCCUCAUCGCAACAGAAAUGAUAUUACAACUGGUACGCAGAAUUGCCUGGAAGCAAAGGCGAUUGGUGCUGCAGUCACUUCAGGAAGCUUGCGGAAACCCUCCUACUAUGUUCUGCAUCAUGAACUUGACAUCCAGGUCCAUAUCUGCUGCCAUUGUCACACCGGAAUCCGUCUCUCCCAAGUACGCCAGUUGUGAGAAGGUCAAUGUUACGUGAUUGAGUGAUAACAACCACGUGAUCAUUCUUCCUAGGAAGAUCAAUGGUGUUCCCUAGACGACUUCCUCGAGUGCCCAUUCGCGUGUCUGCAGCUGCAGGAGGAGAAAAGUUAUUUCUAGCUAAGAAGCUAAAAUUGGAGGCUGAAAUUUAAGCCGCUAGUUUCCAAUUUAAAUUUAAAUGCCAUGUGGAUAUUUUUGUCAUUAUCGGAUGCACGACGUCGAGGUUGGAACCUAAUUGGUCUGUAUGGUUCUAUGAUUAGAUACUUGUUUAUCCAAAUUAAGAUCCAGAUGAAUGUUUAUGAUU